ACUUUCAUUGAUGCCAUGAACAACGAAGUCGAAGUGAACACCGAGGCUUGGAAGGCGUUUGGCUCCGAUACCGAGGCUGGUCGGCUCCUCAAGAAGCUCUACAACGGCAAUGCCAAGCCGCAAAUCAAAUACCCCAAGGUACUCACCAAGCAGCGGGAGUCCGCGGGACCGUUCAUUCCCGGGGGUGGCGUCGCCGCGCGCGAUGCACGCAGUUCUAAGCUCGCCACGUCCAACACAGCACGCGCCAUCAAGGUCCCUGCACCUUGCGCAAGCAACCAAGCCUCGCACCAAUUUCACGCCAUUGAUGUGCUGCCGAUCCACCGUCGACCCAAGGAGGUUAUUGAGAAGGAGCUCGCACAGAUCAAGGCCAGCAUCGAAGGCUACCACCCGCGUGUCUCCAAGUUUCCAGGCUCCAAGGAAGAAAAAGAGAAAUUGCAGCAGAAAUUCACCUACCUGCCGGGCUCGAUCCUGCCGCGUGAGAUGCUGCCAGGCGCAGAUCUCUUAAAGAGCUCAGUCACCAAGAUGCGCUGCGAGAGCCAAAGUCAACGCUCACCGAGCUCCGCAAGCUCGCCAAGCAAGUGAACGCCGAGAUUGACGCUCGGAAGCGCCACGCUGACGACAUGGCCGCACUCGGAAAGCCCGUGCCUGCGCUCCAGUGGGCGGAGGAACUCUCAGGUCUCUACAAGGACCUGCAGAACAUUCAGCGCCUUAUCCAAGAACACUCGCGGAACGACUGAUGGUCUAUAGCAAUGGAUUCAACAUUACCCAAUUCACAAUCUCUAUAAGUGCAAAGUUGU